CGUUUAUUUGUGUAAUCGCUAGUCAGCUACUAACUUCAGUGCGGUGCGCUUGAGCGCAGGCGGAUUUGUUGUGCAAUAAUAAAACGUAUAACGCCAUGUUUCGUUACUCGAUUGUGUUUCUUUGCGCGAUAUUAGUGCUAACUAAUGUAGAGUUUAUACAAGCUGGAAGAUUCGGAAGCGGAGGCGGUAGCAGAUCGGGUGGAUUCUCAGGCGGUGGAAGACAUUCCUAUCCUAGUUCUGGUGGUCUCUCCGGUGGUGGUGGGGGCCGCCAUAGCUAUCCAUCUUCUGGUGGAUUAAGUGGAAAUAGCGGUGGUAGUCACAGUUAUCCGAGCGGCGGAGGAAGUCACAGUUAUCCAAACAGCGGUGGAAGUCACUCUUACCCCAAUAGCGGAGGACAUAAAUACCCACCAUCAACAGGCAAUUCGGGAAGUCACACUUAUCCUAACUCUGGUUCAGGCCUAUCUGGGUCGAAUAACCAUGGGUACAAUAACAGAGGUGGCUCGAGCGGUGGCACUACAAACAUUCAUCACCACUACCAUUACAAUCCUCCUCAGCAAAUACACUACGCAUCGCCUCACGGCGGUCCGGCGAUGAGCUACCCCGUGUAUCGCGGAACUCCCCCAACUUACGUGUACCAGUACAAAGAUUCCGGAAGCAAAUACAGUUCUUUGUUGGCUGGACUGGCAUUGUUUAACCUUGGAGCCCUCGCUGGCGGCGUUGCCGGCUACGGCAUAGGACAUCAUUCAUCCUCAAACAACAACAAUUACCAAAACUACAAAGCACAACCCGGUGAAGUAUGCUUGUUCGGCAUCAAGAAAGAUAACGGAGACUUCGAAGAAACCAGGAUAGACUGUCAGCUGAUAAGUAGCUUUAUUUACGCCGAACAGGCUAAACAACAGCAACCACAGAAUUCUCAGAACCAAACCACCGUGACAACUACCGUAACGAAUACGACCAUCGUUAAUGCGACCAACCCUCAAGAUACGCCUUCUUACGUAUUGUCGCCAAACGGUACUCUGGUGACGCCCGGAGUGGCACCAGACGCUGGCAACGUGACGAAUGGGGCUCCAGCCACCGGUGGAACUGUGACGUCAUCCGUGACCGUCACGACCACCAACACGACGGUCGUCAACGCUGUGGACGUCAAGGGAGCACCGAUCCAAGUCACACCCGGAAUGCAGUGUUACGUUAUGAGGAAAACACCUAGUUCUAGAAUGAAGCAUGAAGUGCCAUGUGGGCUUCUACAGACUUACGCAGAUAAAUCAAUAAAACGUAAUUCAGCUGCUCGAAAUGUACCAGCAUUUACUAUUUUAGCUGUAAUAUGUGCUGUGUUUGUUGCAUAUUAAUUUUAAAGAUCUGAUUAGAAUUUGUUACUUUCUCUAUUUGAUAAAUUUUAUACAAGUGCGCAAUGCCAAACAAAAAAAAAAAGACUUUGUAUAACUUCAAACAAAAUGGAUACUCCUAAACACGUACCUAAUUAAUGUUUGUAAUACAAUGUAGACAAACAUAAAAGUUGAUGAACGUUUUAGUACUUACUUUAUUGCACUCAGUACUAUACCUAUCUUUUAACACAAUAAAGCAUUUUCACUUACUAUGUCCGAAUGAUGAUGGAGUAUAAUACUCCAUAAUGUUAAUAAUUAACAUGUUUUAAAAGCGGUUUCUUAGUUUGAUAUGAUAUACUUGGCGUGUUACGCCGACACCCGCCCAGUUAUACAGGGUGAUUCAUGAGACGUGAGCAGGACUAAUCCUGCACACUCAGUAACUGAUAAUUGAUCGAUCACCGUCGUAUUUAGGUAAAACAACCACACUUUUUCCUAUUUUUCAACUUUUUGGUGAGGGCAAAUUUAACUCUCUACAAUCAUGGUCACCCUACAAGACCUAAUUAAUAAACAUAAAACCUCUUUUACGAAGAAAAUAAAAUGUCAAACCUGAGUGAGAUACGAGUUUUAAAAAGUAACCAGACCGUGAUGACAGUGAUGACAUUCAAUUUGACACAGAAUAUCGGUAGUUUAGUAUUCUAAUGUUAGGGUGACCAUCCAUGUCGUAAAUAAAUUAAUAACUUUUUUUUUUCAACACGACUAGAAAAUUAACGUUAUACUCACUAAUACUGAUAGGAAACAGUUGCUUAUAAUUUACGAAAUGCGCAGUGUUAGUCCUGCUCACGUCUCCUGAAUCACCCUGUAUAUGUUCAAUUUUCAUAUUGUCAUAUACAGGGUACAUAUCAUUUUGUUAUAAAAUAUAAGGCGAUAUAGUCUGCAAAGGGUUUAAAAUUGCUCAUAAUUAUUUUUUCUUUUUUUUUCUUAAAUUGAUUUGGUCAAUUGAGCUAUGUUAGAUAUUAUGUUUGAUAGUUUAUGUUCAGUCAACCGUGAUGUCCUUGAUUUAAAACUAACUAAUAUGUAAUGUGUAUUGUAGGUAUGACUAUUCAGAUAAAUCAAAAGACAUUGUGGUGACAGGUACUUACUUAAAACUUUAGUAAUAUUUUUCCAAUACAUUUGCAACUGUGUGGCGUCAGCACAUAUCUACUCGUAUUGUCAGUGAAGUCUUUUAUAAUUUAUAUUAUUAUUUCGAAGAUCAUUUAAGGCUCAACCACUGUGUAUCAUCUUUUUAUUAACAUCAGAAAUGUAUUUAGAGUGGAUUCGACUACAUAAUUAAACUUAAAAUGAUUAAUCACAGAGUAAAUAUUAUUAUAACUUGUAUUAAAGUAAGUAGAAAUAAGACUAAUUAUUGUGAUAAUUGCCUGGUCUGGUCUCUAGUAUCAUGGGAGCCCUAACUAAUGUAAUUGUUUUUAAGGCAGGCGUAGUUUAUAUCGAUUUUCCUACUACACACCUUUGUGUUUUAUAACUUUUAUGAAGGUUCAGCACGAAAUGUGUUAACCUUUUAAUUUGACCGACUUAACACUUUACUGAUACUUUACAUACUAUUGUCACGUCGGCACAAAACUCAAUUUAUUACGCGAAAAUGUAUGCUCUCCUUUGAGUGAUCUCAUUGAAACAUCCGUUCAAAUGUAAUGAAUAAUGACAUGUGAUUACGAUGGGACCCAAAAAUUUUGUAUUCUGUUCAAUAAAAGUGCCUUUUACCGUUA